GAAAACAGGGUGAUGUGUGUGUUACGAUUUCAAAGCUGGGUGGGUCUACUGCGCUCCACAUUCCCAAAUAUCUCCGGGCCGUGCGUUAAAGCGCUUUCAGCGUCCAGAAGAGAAACAAUGUUGGUGCUGGCUGGAAUCGUUGUUCUGCACAUUACCACCAUCAUCCUGCUCCUGGUGGCCACCAUCGACAAUGCCUGGUGGGUGACUGACAAAUUGACAACCGACUUGUGGGGCGGAUGGGAAAUGGUGGGCUCAGCCUGGCAUUACAAACAACUGAUAGGCUACCCAGAGGAAUUACUCCAGACGGUGCAGGCCACCUCAGUGCUGGCCUGUAUUUUUGCCAUCCUGGCUUUGUUUGUAUUCGUGGCUCAACUGUUCACCCUUGCCAAAGGACAGCGGUUCACCUUCACUGGAGUUCUACAGAUGAUCUCUUGCCUGUCAAUAAUGAUCGCAGCGUCAAUCUACACAGCCAAGUUUCACACUGAGGAAAACGACGGUGGCUACGGACACUGCUUUGUCCUGGCCUGGAUUUCCUUCGUGCUUACCUUCAUCUUAGCAGUCACCUACCUCAUCCUGCGGAAGAAGAGCGAUUAAGAUGUUGAGAAGGUUUUAAGAAGGGCUGCAAGAUUUUUUUUUUUUAAUUCAAGAAGUUCUAAAAUGAGCCGCCAAAGACCAUCACCGAGAGCUAGCUAACUGAUACAGUGUUAAAUUGAUGACAAAUGCUGUUUAAAUAUUUAGUCCAGUAAUUUGAAACAACAGUGACAAAAACUUUCCAUACUGCUAUUUGUUUGACAGGCUGCAUUGAAGAAAACCAUCAAUCAUGGCUAUUGCCCACAUGAGGCGGCCUUUACCUGCAGCUAGCGACUGAGUUGCUAAAUUAUAGAAGAGUGCUCUUUGAAUGUCCUCUCCCAAAAAUGGAAUGCAAUGAAAUGUUUCUAGUUGUUACUGGGUUCCCAGAUGUCAAGUGAGCAUAUUUGGUCAUGCUAAUGGUCAACAUUAACUACAGUUAGCAUGAGUAGCUAUGCUAAUGCGUUCACAUGGCCCAUCAGUAGUCAUAUACACCAUGUCAACCUAGCAAUACCCGGUAUAACUAGCAGUAUGCUCCAUAUCUGAUGUAUCGUGAACUUUACAGAAAUGGCUAAACAAAAGUUUUUUUUAAAACAACCUUAGUAUUAACUUUAAUUUUAAAUGUUGUUAGUAAUUGUGCAUUAUGCCUUACACCACCAAUACAACAAACAGUAUUUCUUCAGAGUGUUUUUGUAGAAGUUGAUUUUAAGGAGUUUGAGAGGAAUACAUCAUUGAGCAUACAGUUAAGUUUUAAAGUUUUGGGACAGCUGCUCCAUGAAGUAAUUGUCAAACACAGAAUAAAGCUUGAUUGCUAGCAGUGUUUUUUUUUUAUGGCUCAGGUUGUUAAAAACUUAAAAUAAAAUUAACCUUGUGAAUUCACAGCACAUUUGUCCCCCCGGUAGAUUAGCACUUAUUAUAAACUCUUUCAAGUGCUUAUUUAAUUCCAAUAUGACAGUAAAUGUCAAUAGAACAAAAUAGUUCCUUUUUCCUCUUAGAGCACUGCAGUCUUGGCCAAUACAAGUUAAUUUGCAAUCUGACAGCAAUGAGCGUGCGGCCUUCUGAAGAAAUUUUGAUACGUCGUAGUUGAAAAUAUUUUGUGCUGUGCAAAUGCUUGUCAAGCCAUUUUCAUCAACAUAUGUGGCCGAUGGCUACUGCUGCAGGUUUCCAGAGUCAAAGGGGGAAAAUACUGUAUCUGUCAAGGUACCAUGUUGUCAAAAACAAAACAAAAACAAAUGAAAAAUACAUAUAGGUCGUAGUACUUGAACACUGCAAAUGACAAGAAUUUAUUUACAGCACAAGUAGUUUUAUUCAUGUAUCUUUAUUUUAUAACUGAAGUAUAUUUUAUCCAUUUUAUCUAUGUACAUUGUAACCAUGUAUUUUUGUAACAUUUUAUACUGACUCUUUCAUGUUUGUAGUUGGCUGCUAUCGUAGCAAAGUACACCAAGGUUGUACAAGUGAACAUAAAGCAGGUAUGGAGGAUGUUGGUGUUUCAUGUCACCAUAUUUCACAACUAUGCUGUAGAAGGAUUUGUUUGUAACUACAGUGGAAUUUAAGCCAUAUCAUUUAUUAAUAAAAACAAUUACAACAAAAG